UAAAGAUCUGCGACUGCGCAGAGAUCUGUUUACAAAAUGCAUAACGCGGUAGCACAGGGUGGUGUUUGAACAGGAGUGAUCACAAUCUGGCUAUAAACGAUUUGAUACUGAAACGUGACCUUACGUAAGAGGCGCGUGUGGGCUGGGCUCUGUGAGGCUGAGCAAGAGGAAAGUUUGACAGCAGCAGCUGACCGAGAGAGGGUUACCACAGAAACGCGAUACAAAUCAAAAUAUCAUCAGUAUUUCCACUAAACACAUAAACAUUUGACCUUUGGACGUUUAGAUAUAUUUCUGGAAGCACAAGGGAUCAUGGCUAAAAUGCAGUGCACGAGAUACUCCCUGUACUGGGAGGAGACUGAGUGCCUGAGCUACUAUGAGAUGUUGUCCCUUCACGAGAUCUUUGAAAUUGUGGGCUCCCAACUCACUGAGACUGAUGUUGAGGUUUUGUCCUUCCUCCUUGAUGAAACCUAUCCUGAAAAACAUCCCCUCGAUCCUGAGGGAUGGGCCGAGGAGUCCCCUGAUAUGCCCGAUGGAACUCCGCAGAGCAAAUCUCCAUGCCCUCGGCUUCUGAAGGCAUGGCGGUGGAUACAGCCUCAGAAUGAGCCUUGUCCUAUCGCCUCUCGCCACCAUCUCAAGAGUGGUGUUGAACUGCUGUUAGAGUUGGAGAGACGAGGGUACAUAAACGAUGGAAACCUCAAACCUUUAUUUCAGUUGCUGCGAAUUCUGACACGACAUGAUGUCCUGUCCUUUGUCUCACAGAAGAAAAGAAGAACAGUUUCUCCUGAGCGAGAGAGAAUUGACUACCCUGAGGUGGAAUACAGAGGGGAAACCCAAAUCAGCCCAAACACAGAUAUACCGUCCUUGGAAAACACACAAGACCACCAGUGGAGAACAGGUGUCAGUUCUUCUGCCACGACAACCACCCCUGCCCGACGGAAGCGUGGCAGAGGCUGUCAGCGAAAAUCCAGAAGUUUGACGGAAAUCCAACCGCAGCCAACACCCAACAAAGUGACCUGUGAUAUUCGGCUACGUGUGCGUGCGGAGUAUUCAGAGCACGAGUCGGCUCUACGUGAUGGAGUCUCUUCGGACAAGCAGCAGCCUUUGGAGAGGCAAUUUGAACUGUUCAGUCGAGCGGGCUCGCUGCUUCGCACCCGGGACCUAGGGUCUAUUGUCUGUGACAUCAAGUUCUCUGAACUUGCAAACCUGGAUGCGUUCUGGGCAGACUACCUGAGCGGGGCACUGCUGGAGGCGCUGAAAGGGGUUUUCAUCACGGACUCUUUGAAGAGGGCAGCGGGACAGGAGGGGGUCAGGCUGCUUGUCAGCGUGGAUCAAGAUGAUUAUGAAGAGGGCAGGAAACUGUUGCUUAGCAACCAAGUACACAAUGAAACAACCUGGGCGGUAUAAAGGCCCUGAUUAAUGACAGAAUCACCUGAGACCUUCAGAUAUGAUUGAUGAAGAAAGAGUUUUGCCUUUUGACUUCAUUGCCCGUUGAGUGUUGGUGACCCUGCUCGGACGGAGAGCCUAUUAAAAGAUUCUAGAUGAAACUGGGCAGCCACUUGGACAUUUAUUAUUUCUGAAAGAAAAUUAUUGUUUAUCAUACACAGGUUAGUUUCAAAUGGCACUUUUAAAAUGGACAAGUGCGCUACUUCCAUAAACACACACCCCCUCUAUUCACCAAUAUACCAUUUACUGUGCCAGAGGUUGGUAUGUGGAUGUAAAGUUUUUUCUUAUGUGAUGACAAUUUUGAACUUGAAUGAACCCCCGUGGACUCAAGUUAUGUUUAACCUGGUCUAAGAUAUGUAAAAUAACAUUUUGGAUAAAGAAAUGUGUAUCAAGAAUGUAACUCAAGGACUCCACAAAAGGAAUGAAUUGAUGGAGGUGAAAUUGUUUCCCUUUCAUCCAUUCAGGUGUAUGCCCCAUUCCUGUAAUAGUGUAUAAUCUACCAAUGGAGUGUGGGGUAACAUUGUUUUGAAUAAUUUAAUUGAUUUUCAAUUUAAUUUAAGUUUCAGCCCCCAAUCUGAUAGCGAUAUAUUGGUGGACAGAAUCUCACACUGCCGCCAUCAGGCCAUUGUAUAGGAAACAUAACCUGACUACUCUUGGGUUGGUCUACUGUGCUGCAUUGGCUUCAGCAGAAAGAUUUAAGAGCUCAUAAUUCAAUGUUGAAAUCCUAAAUACAGUGGUUGACUGAACGUGAUCACAUUUGCCAGUUCAUACACUGGGCAGUGUAUUAAGGAUCAGGAGAGCUCUUUCUCUAAGCAAUUACAAGAAAGACUUUUAGCAUUUGUUAUGCAACUACUCAAUAAUUAUAUUCCUUUUUCCACAGAUUCCCACUUUGCAGAGUUGAAAGGUUGUCAGUUAGAUUAACAGGGUGACCAGAUGCCUUUGUAAAAGGCUGAAUAAACAAGGUUAGUUAAUUGUAAUUAAGGAAUGGCUCAUUUUACUUACGUCUUGACACACAACCAGAAUAACAUCUGGUCCUAUUUCUAGAGUAUGUUUGCUUAUAAAAAAAUGUAUUGGUCCAUUUUUUUAUGUCUGUACCCUUAUAGGAAACAUGCAAAGAAAGCUUAAAAGUUUUGUAGUACUGUAGUUAAUGGUGAUUCAGUUUGGAACAGUUCAGUGAUUAACAUAAAUGUGUUGGGAGAGGAAAAUUAAACCCUUUUGUUUUUUUUUCAAGCUUUUGUUUAACAUGAUAUAACCUGUUUUGGGACAUGUAAAUUUAUUUAAAUAUAAUUCUUAAUAAAGAUAAUAUAGUU